CAUGACAAAUACGAAUACACGCUUGAGAAAACGUUCAUUUCAUUUUCUCUACUUCGUGAAAGUUGAAUUUAUCAAUUUUUGAAUUGAUACCUAGCUUUAGUUGAAAUCGAGCAGUGAUUUUUUUUAGCUACUAACUAGCUAGUAGCUACCUAAUACCCAUAUAAGUUGAAGAACAGAUACAGUGAAGUGAAUUGCCUUCUUCAACGUAUGAAAAGUCUUCAUAGAUGGUCGUUUAGUCACUAUUGGAUUUUUGUCUGAUUGUAAAUAAAAGGAAAAUACGUUGUUCAUGUAUUGGAUAAAAAGCAGAUAAAGAACGAAUAACGUAAUCGUAUUCCUAGGAACAGUAUUUUAUGAAUUGAAGCUCCCAUUCGUCGCGAUAAAUUUGCAAAUUUAUACUUCCCUCAACAUGCCAUUCCCAUUAUGCCAUUCCAGCGUUUGUACUCCUCUUUGUACAUUGGCAAGAAAAACUGGCAGCACCGAAGCUCGGAUCGAUAAAGCGAGUUAUAUUUGGACGAUUCACGAUUUCAAUUUUCACGAAGCAGAAGGAAGUACGUUAUACGCGACUACGUUCUCAAUCACCGCUAAUCGUAAGUUUAAAUGGAACUUUGAACUUAAACCUAACGGCGAGACAGACGACAAAGACACCAUUUCUGUCUACUUGAUGAACUGUAGUUUCGUAAAAGACAAGGUUUACGCGAAAUUAAACGUCUUUAUUUUGGAUUCGAAUCGAAAUAAAGUGUUCGCUAAAGUUACUAAAGUGAACGAAUUCGACAGGGAAAUCGAUCAUUGUAAUCUAGGUUUUAAAGAAUUUCUCAAGAAAGAUGACAUUUUUAGAAACAACUUGUUGAUCGGUAACGCGUUGACGAUUAUGUUCGAGAUAGAGUUUUCCGCAGUUCACGGUGAUGCAAUUAAGAAAACCGUGCACGAAUGCAUAAAACCCAAGCUGUUUCCAGAUCUUCCUGCUUGCAAUCUUAAGAAAAAUUUGAGACAGAUGCUCAAACGUGGAGAAUUUAGCGAUGUUACUCUUAUAUCGAAUGACGAUAAAGAGUUCCCAGCGCAUAAGAAUAUACUGAUGGCGAAUAGUCCGGUGUUUGCUACGAUGUUUAAACACGAUAUGAAAGAAAGAAGACUAAAUCGAGUAGAAAUCGAUGACAUGGAUGCUGAAACUGUUUACCAAUUACUGAGGUAUAUUUACACCGGGAAGUGUAAAAGUCUGAAAAAAGUACCCGCAGAUUUAUUGGCAGCUGCUGAUAAAUAUGGUUUAGAUCGAUUAAAACUUAUGUGUGCCGAAGAAUUAGGGGCGACUAUAUCGGUGGAUAAUGCUGCGAGUAUUUUAGCAUUAGCAGAUUUGUACGACGUUAAAGAACUGAAAAAUGAAGCGAUCAAGUUUAUUUCUUUGAAACCUGCCAGAGUGUUGAAUUCACCAGGUUGGAAAGAUAUUCAUUCGAACGAGUUGGUGAAUGAAGUGUGUUCAGCUUUAGCACGACUAUGAUUUGUUAAACAAAUGAUUAAAAUCGUUUGUUAUUUUAAAAUUAAAUUUAAGAUUUAAAAAUUUUUAAUUUUGAAAAUUAAUAGUUUACUUAAGGUAUUUAACUUACAAUCGUAAAAAAUAAAAAUAGAAUUAAAAUUAAGGAUGAAAAAUAAAUUAUUAAAAUUUAAAUUUAUUCAUGAUUUUGUUUUUGUUUUUUGUAUAAACAAAGUCGUAAGCUGAGAGCUUUUUAAUUCAAGAAUUAUGAUACCUAGUUCUGUUUUUUUUUUUUUUUUUUUUUUUUUUAAAUCAUUUAGAUCCUACACUUGAUGAUUGUUUCUGUGUAGAAAUGAUUUCAUACUCUUAGAUACAUAUUUUGUUCAAGUUGACUUUAAUUUUUAUUAUUUGAAUUGCAUAUGAUAGGUACUUAAGUAUUUAUACCUACUUAUUAUGGUAAGUCUGAAAAAUUUUCAAUUGGUUUUUCUAUUAACUAGGUACGUAAAAUCUACGUUGAAGAGUAUUGUGAUGAAGAAAUCCGAUGUCUGGCGUUUUUCAAAUGGACCACACAAAAUUAUUUUAUAUUCCAAACUUUGCCAUUGAAUUUUGUUUUUUCGAACAUGUUAUGAACUUUUAACCUAUUCGAACUUGAUGUCAUUUUUGAAAAUUGUUUUUAAAAAAUCAUCAUUUUGAUCUAAUUGCUAAUUUUUAAUUUGUUUAUUUUUUGAUAAGUAUUUCAGCUCAAGAUUUUUCAAUCUGAUUGGAAAAAAUGACCUUCAGAUAGUCCACCAGAUCUUUAGAAAACGAAUUUCCCAAUUUAAAAAAAAAAAUUUUAUUUAAAUUGAGCAUUUCAAAUUUUACUGUUGGGUACUAAAUAAUGCUGAAUGGCAAUCAAAUCAGGGUAGAUAAUUUAACUAUGUGAUCAAUUCAUCUUUUGUAAAUUUAGCCAUUUUAUUUUUAUUUUAUCUCGAUUUUACGCAAACUUGCAUAGAAAUUAUGAAUAGUUGAAUAUAAAGUUGACCUUUUAGGUGCGUUUGCUUCAUUAUUCUAUAAUAUUUAUGUAAUUUUAAGAUUAUGUAAACCUAUACUCGUAGUUUAUAAGAUGUGUAUUUUCUUGCAAACUUAUUUCAAAUUCGUUUCAUAAGUACCUAGUACGUAGAUAGAUAGGUAGGUACGAUUGAAGUUAUUUUUCAUUUUAUUUUUUCUUUGAUACAUUAGCUAUGCAUCAGUAGGUAUAUACUUAACCGAUAUUCCUUUAUUUUUUUUCACAGUAAAUUUUAUUU